CAACGGAUGGUGAGGGUCAUUUAGUAUUAGGUAGCGGUAAAGGAGUACUACGUUUAUAUGAUGGUAAAGGAAAGAAUGAUAAUAAUUAUAAAAGAGCAAAAACACAACUAAAUGCAUAUAGGGAUCCAAUUAAACAUGUGGCGGUGACAAAGGACGGAAGCUGGAUACUCGAAGAACAACAUAUUGUUACUAGUACUAAUAAUCUUGUUAUUAUCUGGGAUUUCGUGGCUGUUAAGAAUGGGAAGACAGAUGCAUACCAAAUAAGAAGAAUUAGUGAUUAUAUUAAAGAUCUUACAUUCAUGCAAAUGGGAGAAAAGGAAGCAGUACUCAUGGUUACUCCAUCUUCGAUUACAACUCGAGGAGUUCGUCGCGCUUAUAAAGAUUGUGAAAGUGGUGACGAGGCAUAA